GUGAACCACGAAACCAGCCACAUGCAAAGAUAUCCUUCAUCCUUUGAGUCACCACUCUUGGAUCUCCGUUGGAUUAUGGAGCUAGAUCAGAUUCCUCACGCAUCAGUCGCGCUGAUCGUCGGCGUCACCGGCAUGGCCGGCUUGAGCUUGGCCGAAGCCCUCAAGAAGCCUAGUGCCUCAGGCGGCCCCUGGAAAGUCUACGGCGCCGCCCGCCGCCCCCAGCCCACCUGGUUCCCCAUCUCCAUCGUCGACCACUACAUAACAUUCGACGCCGUUUGUUCCGACGACACGCGGGCCAAGCUCUCUCCGAUUUCGAACGAAGUCACGCACGUAUUCUGGGUGGCCAUCCAAGUCCGCGAAACGGAGGAACUCAACAUCACCGUCAACGCCGCCAUGCUGUCCAACGUACUCGACGUUUUCAAAUCGGCGCCGUCAUCGCGCCUCCAACACGUGACUCUUCAGACCGGUACCAAACAUUACAUGGGCCCGAUAUUCGACCCGGAAAAUUCGAAACAGCUCACCGCACCGGAGAUUCCAUUUCGGGAGGAUUUCCCUCGACUUCCAUUCCCGAACUUCUACUACGCGCUCGAAGACCUACUAGCUUCGUACACACCCUCCUUCACCUACUCCGUUCACCGAUCAUCAAUCAUCAUCGGCGCGUCUUCAAGGAGCACGUAUAACGCGCUGCUCACACUCGCAGUUUAUGCAGCCAUAUGUAAACACGAAGGCUUGCCGUUUCGGUAUCCAGGCUCCCGAUACACUUGGGAUCAUUUCUGCGACAUGUCGGACGCGCGUGUGCUGGCGGAGCAGCAGAUAUGGGCGGCGGUUUCGGAAAAGGCUAAGAACCAAGCGUUCAACUGCGUAAACAGCGACAUUUUUACUUGGAAGAGCAUGUGGAAGGUAGUGUGCGAGGUGUUUGAGGUUGAGUUUGUGGAAUUUGAUGAGUCCCAGGAGUUUGAUUUUGUGGGGAUGAUGAGUGAGAAAGGAAAAGUUUGGGAGAGCAUUGUGAAAAAACAUGGACUGUACGAGAGCAAAUUAGAGGAGAUCACUUGUUUUGCAGCGCUGAAAGCAGUUCUGCAUUUCGAAUUUCAGCAUGUAUGCAGCAUGAACAAAAGUCGCAGUUGCGGGUGGUUUGGCCAUGUGGAUACGCUGCAGAGCAUAGGCAUAUGGGUGGAGAGAUUGAGAGUGAUGAAAAUAAUACCCUAAGGAAGAUCUUUGUUGGUGGCUGUGGCUUGGGUCUUGGAUCUUGUGUUGUAACUUGUAACUUGUAAGCUCCUCUACUGUUUACAUUUUAUGACUAGCACCUAAGGAAGAUCUUUGUGGUUUAGUUCUUGGGUCUUGUCUUGUUAGUUCCUCUGUUGAUUAUAUACUUCAUGAAUGGGAUUAUGCGGUUAUUUCUUCUGUG